GUGAGAGGAGCAGGUCUCUGCUGGUCUCUCUCUCUCCCUCUCUCCCUCUCUCUCUGCAGACCCGCCUCUCUUGCAGUGUGUGAGAGGAGCAGGUCUCUGCUGGUCUCUCUCUCUCCCUCUCUCUCCCUCUCUCUCUGCAGACCCGCCUCUCCUGCAGUGUGUGAGAGGAGCAGGUCUCUGCUGGGCUCGGCUCUCUGCUCUCUGACAUGGCGCUGCGCGCUGCCCACCGCCUCUCUCCGUGCGUCCUCGCCGCGGCUUUGUUGUUGUUGCUCUGCAGCGGACCUCAGCUCGUUCUAAGUUGUCCGAGUCGCUGUUUAUGUUUCCGAACCACCGUGAGAUGUAUGCAUCUAAACCUGGAAACCGUACCAGCAGUCUCUCCUCAGACGACCAUCCUAGAUCUGAGGUUUAACAAAAUCAAGGAUUUACAACCUGGAUCCUUCAAACGAUUAAAGAACCUCAACACCCUCCUCCUAAACAACAAUCAUAUACGAAGGAUCCCCAGGGGGGCUUUUGAAGACCUGGAAAACCUCAAAUAUCUCUAUUUGUACAAGAAUGAAAUCCAAUCAAUUGACAGACAAGCAUUUAAGGGGCUUGUCUCUCUUGAGCAACUAUAUCUUCACUUCAACAACAUUGAAUCUCUGGAACCAGAAUCAUUCACGUUACUUCCAAAGCUGGAACGACUGUUUUUACACAACAACAGAAUCACCCAGCUCGUUCCGGGGACCUUCUCUAGUCUUCAGGCCAUGAAACGACUGCGACUGGACUCCAAUGCAUUAAACUGUGACUGUGAGCUGCUGUGGCUGGCUGACCUGCUGAAGCAGUACGCCGAGUCAGGGAACGCCCAGGCUGCUGCCACCUGCGACUACCCGAGCCGACUGCAGGGCCGAUCUGUGGCGACGCUCACUGCCGAGGAGCUGAAUUGUGAGGUACCCAGGAUCACCUCAGAGCCCCAGGAUGUGGAUGUUACAUCAGGAAACACCGUCUACUUCACCUGCAGGGCCGAAGGCAACCCCAAACCGCAGAUCAUCUGGCUCAGGAACAACAACGCUCUAAACAUGCGUGAUGACAGUCGUCUGAACCUGCUGGAGGACGGGACUCUGAUGAUCCAGGACACCAGGGAGACGGACCAGGGGGUCUACCAGUGCAUGGCCAAAAAUGUAGCCGGAGAGGUGAAGACUUCACAGGUCACUCUGCGAUACUUCGGAGCCCCAUCACGGCCAAGUUUUGUGAUUCAGCCGCAGAACACUGAGGUGCUGGUGGGAGAGAGCGUGACCCUUGAAUGCAGCGCCACAGGACAACCGCAGCCCCGGGUCUCCUGGACGAAGGGGGAUCGGACCCCCCUGCCUAACGACGCCCGCAUCAACAUCACCCCCUCGGGAGGGCUGUACAUCCAGAACGUGGUCCAGGCGGAUGGAGGACAGUACACAUGCUUCGCCUCCAAUAAUGUUGACACCAUACAUGCUACAGCAUUUAUCAUUGUGCAAGCGGUCCCCCAGCUCACAGUCACGCCUCAGGACCAGUCCGUCCUGGAGGGUCACACGGUAGACUUCCCCUGCGAGGCCUCAGGUUACCCACAGCCUGUGAUUGCCUGGACACGUGGAGGCAGCCCGUUACCUUUAGACCGCCGACACGUGGUCCUGUCCUCUGGCACGCUCCGCAUCACCCGGGUGGCGGCUCACGAUGAGGGCCAGUAUGAGUGUCAGGCGGUCAGCCCUGUGGGGACUGUACGCGCUGCCGUGCAGCUCAGCAUCCAGCAGAGAGUAACGCCUGUUUUCACAAAUGCUCCAAGGGACCUGACGGUGGAGUCUGGCCAGGAUGUCCAGAUUCCCUGCAGCGCUCAGGGCCAGCCUCAGCCCAUCCUCACCUGGAACAAGGACGGCGUUCAGGUGACAGAGAGCGGGAAGUUCCACAUCAGCCCCGAGGGUUACCUGGAGGUGAAGGAUGUGGGCACGGCUGAUGGAGGACGCUACGAGUGCUUCGCUCGCAACCCCAUCGGCUACCAGGUUGCCAGCAUGGUGCUGACGGUCACAGUUCCCGCAGUCAGCAGAGAGGGGGACACCUUUGUGAGCACAUCCAUCGAGCAGGCCAUCCGUACCGUGGACAGUGCUAUCGAGUCAACCAGGAGACGACUCUUUGAUGGUCAGCCUCGUACCCCUGGAGAGCUGCUUGCUCUUUUCCGGUAUCCUCGGGAUCCUUACACCGUGGAGCAGGCGCGAGCCGGGGAGAUCUUCGAACAGACUCUUCUGCUCAUCCAGAACCACGUCAACCAGGGCCUCAUGGUGGACACGAAUGGCACAGCGUUUCGCUACAACGACCUGGUCUCCCCUCACUUCCUGGAAGUGAUCGCCAACCUGUCCGGCUGCACGGCCCAUCGCCGCUUCAACAACUGCUCUGACAUUUGCUUCCAUCAGAAGUACCGGAGCCACGACGGGACCUGCAACAACCUGCAGCACCCCAUGUGGGGCGCCUCGCUCACCGCCUUUGAACGACUCCUGAAGUCCGUCUAUGAUAACGGCUUCAAUCUGCCCAGAGGAGCGUCAGAGCGGCCGCAAAACGGGUUCAGGCUCCCUCUUCCCCGGCUGGUGUCCACCACCAUGAUCGGCACAGAGACCAUCACUCCCGACGACCGCUACACUCACAUGCUGAUGCAGUGGGGUCAGUUUCUAGACCACGACUUGGACUCUACGGUGGCUGCCCUCAGCCAGUCUCGUUUCUCUGACGGUCAGCUGUGUACUCAGGUCUGCACCAACGACCCGCCGUGCUUCCCAAUCCAGUUCCCCCCAAAUGACGCCCGGCAGCUGCGGAGUGGCGCCCGCUGCAUGUUCUUCGUCCGAUCCAGCCCUGUCUGCGGCAGCGGGAUGACUUCCCUUCUCAUGAACAGCGUGUAUCCAAGAGAGCAGAUCAACCAGCUCACCUCGUACAUCGACGCUUCAAACGUUUACGGCAGCUCACGACACGAGUCCGAGGAGAUCCGGGACUUAGCCAGCCAAAGGGGUCUGCUGCGGCAGGGCAUCAUCCAGCGCACAGGGAAGCCUCUCCUGCCGUUUGCCACCGGCCCGCCAACAGAGUGCAUGAGAGAUGAAAACGAGAGUCCUAUCCCUUGUUUCCUGGCUGGAGAUCACCGUGCGAACGAGCAGCUCGGGCUGACCGCUAUGCACACGGUGUGGUUCAGAGAACACAACCGCAUCGCUACUGAGCUGUUGAGGCUGAACCCACACUGGGACGGGGACACCAUCUACCACGAGGCCAGGAAGAUCGUGGGGGCGCAGAUGCAGCACAUCACCUACAGCCACUGGUUGCCAAAGAUCCUGGGUGAAGCUGGCAUGAAGAUAAUGGGAACAUACGCAGGUUACAACCCCAAUAUCAACGCCGGCAUCCUCAACGCCUUCGCAACCGCCGCUUUCCGCUUCGGUCACACCCUCAUCAACCCGAUCCUGUACAGGCUGGACGAGGACUUCCAGCCCAUCCCGCAGGGUCACAUCUCUCUGCACCGCGCCUUCUUCUCCCCGUUCCGCAUCGUCAACGAGGGCGGCAUCGACCCGCUGAUCCGUGGGCUCUUUGGAGUCGCGGGUAAAAUGCGUGUGUCCACACAGCUGCUCAACACAGAGCUGACGGAGAGGCUGUUCUCCAUGGCCCACGCAGUGGCUCUGGACUUGGCUGCUAUGAAUAUCCAGAGGGGGCGGGAUCACGGGAUACCACCGUACAAUGACUACAGGACCUUCUGUAACCUGUCUACAGCUCAGACGUUUGAAGACCUGAGGAAUGAAAUCAAGAAUCCGGACGUCAGAGAGAAACUGCAGAGGCUGUACGGGACUCCUCUGAACGUCGACCUGUUUCCUGCACUGAUGGCUGAAGACCUGGUCCCUGGCAGCAGACUGGGGCCGACCCUCAUGUGUUUGCUGGCGUCUCAGUUCAGGCGCCUGAGGGACGGAGACAGGUUCUGGUACGAGAACCCCGGAGUGUUCACUCCGGCACAGCUGACCCAGUUGAAGCAGGCCUCUCUGACCCGGGUUCUAUGCGACAACGGGGACAACAUCACGCGCAUCCAGGGCGACGUCUUCUCUGUGGCCGAGCUGCCUCACGGCUACAGGAGCUGCGAUGACGUCCCGCAGAUCGACCUGCGGAUGUGGCAGGACUGCUGUGAAGACUGCAGAACUAAGGGUCAGUUCAACGCCCUGUCUUACCACUUCAGAGGACGCAGAUCAGCUGAGCACAGCUACAGAAAGGACGGACCGGGCAGCACCCAGGGGGACAGUCCUGUGGAAGAAGCUGCAGUGAGUCCGGCAAAUCUUACUGUGACCUCUAAAAAAACCACUGAACCCUCAAUCAGCAACUUCCAGGACUUUGUCUUCGACAUGCAGAAGACCAUCACAAGUUUACGAAAGCAGAUUAAAAGACUUGAGGCUCGUCUGAGUAAGACUGACUGCACUGACAGUGAGGGACGCGAGCGGACGGAUGGGGACCGGUGGAAAAAGGACUCCUGCACCACGUGUGAAUGCAGAGAAGCCCAGGUGACGUGCUUCGUGGAGUCUUGUCCACCUGUGGAUUGUAAAAGGCCGGUCAAGCUAAAAGGUUCCUGCUGCCCCGUGUGCCUCGAACACCAGGAUGUUAAGAGGCAGCAUAAAACAGAAACCCGCCACGAAUAACCCUCAGGAACCCCCCGACACGCACACUCGAGUGGCUGAUCGUCAAACACACGCAGACAUCCAGAGAGAGGAUGAGACUCAUGAAGGUGUGCUCAUCCACAGCCACCACCAGCCUCCACAGACCGAACAGCCUCAGUUCUUCUUCUGUCUUCUUUUGUAUUCUCUGCGUCGAUCAGGGGAGGGUGGGGGUUUUUCUUUUCUUUUGGAUGUUGCCCCCUCCUGGGCCAGCAGCCUGAGGCUCGGUUUAAAACCCUUUGGCAACCAGCCAUCAGUCACUAAACGGAUUUCUAUCUGAACCAAGGGGUCGAACUGACGGGUGAAUGGGCGGACUUUAAACAGGAGGAACAAACGUCUCCCUGCUCGGGGUCCACUGAGGCUCCUGAAGUGUCACAGCCACCUUGUUUGCUCUCCUGCGACUAACACUUGGUGACAGAAGGCAGGGCCGCACGCCGUCAACCAGCAGGAAAGGGAAGCGUAUUGAAAGGCUGCAGCCAUUUUGUUGUCUCACAAAAGUUUCUCAGGUUCGAGAUGCCGAAAACUGGUGCUAUGUUCCCCUUUUUAUUCCUGAAUUACUCACUAAAUACAAACCUUCAAAGUAUUGUCUUUUGUAUGCAAAGCAACCUAUUUACACUCAGUAUAUGCCUUUUAAUGAUAACUCACGAGUGAGAGGAUGUUUCCUUCAAAAAUGAAAGACUUUACGAUAGAAUAACUUUUAAUCCAAGGUGCUCGAUAUCAUGUUAUGAAUAUGUAUUUUUGUUUUAUCCUCCCUUUUGUAUAAAAAAUUCUUACAUAUGAAGAUAAUGUGAAGCCCUACAAAAACGUUUGUAAUGCAAAAGAGAUGUCUACUGAUUACUGCUCCUCUCUCCGUGGACGACUCGUCGGUGUCCUCGUCGGUGUCCUCGUGUGUGUCUCUGCUGGCCUGUCCUGAACUUGAGUGAGGCGGAGCCGCGCAGCGCUCCCCGUGCAGGACACUCAAACCAGCUCUUGCACUGUUUGUGCUCCUUUCCAAGUUUCAUUUUGCUUUCAGAAAGCAGUGAAAGAUGAACCAUUUUUUUUUACCACUGUAAUGUUGUGAACUUUGUCCCAGUAUUUUCCUCAGUCUUGUAAAGCCAAAUGUAUGAUUUAGUUACUUCUAAAAUGACGUAAUAGCACGUGUCUAUCUAUGAAACUCUGUCUGAAUGUUGUAAUGAGGUCAGGAUUCUUCCUUUGGUACUGCUCGCUCUACCACAGCAGUAUUCUCUCUCUGGCCUGCUCACAGAUUUUGUUUUUAUCCAUGUUUAGUCUUUAUUUGACAGGACACACACACAUAACUGAAGGACUGUUACCGUGACUUUUCCUCUCUGCUCUCUCCAGCUUCAGCUGAGACAAGGAAACGCUCUCAUGCAUUCCUUUGUCGAGGAUCCACUUUGUUACUUUCCCCUCUUGAAGUGUUUGCUCGUGCGUGGACAGAGUUUGGAUUUUUCCAAACAGUUUAGGAACGCUCUCCCCCGCUCAUGUUAAAGAUUUUGAGAGCGGGAUGACGUCUUUCAGCAGAGCAUGUGUGCAGAUCUCUGACCCUCAUUCCGCUGUAAUUGAAGCCAUAUGAGAGGGGAAGCGAGGGUAAUGCAGGGGGAGGGGUGCUGAUGAUCGGGAUACAGUGUCAAUCAAAGCCAGGCUCCACCAUCUUGCUGUCGUGAGGCAGAUCUACUCCCCUGCCUCGUGUGUUACUGUACAUAGACUAAUGCCACUCAUUAAGCCCCAUGCACUGUCUGGCUUCAGUGAAACAUGACUCACGUUUAUGUUUCCUGUUUUGCUUUGCUCUAAAUUACAGCGAAGCGGCUGCAGCUGCAGAGUUCCUUUCCAUUGUUUUCUUUAUGUGGUAACGUCCUGAGCUAGCAUCUGUCACUAAACAGAAAUCAUACUCUCCGGAAAGCUCCGUCUGACUCCAGAUGGAUCACAGAGCCGGCAGUCGCACUGGUAAAUUCAUAUCAUGUUGAAAUCUGACAGGUUUGUACGUCAAACUGUGUUUACUUCCUGGUUGUGCGUCCUACAACAACACCUGUGUGUACACUUCAUGUUCACGUGCUACAACGUGUGUUUGUUUUACUGAACUCAGUAUUUUGAUAUAUUUUCAUAAACUUUGUGUAUGGAUGAGUGCGCGUAAAGGCUUAAGUGUUCUUUGGCAAAACCGUCAAAGCACUGUGAGCUCUCCUUGUUAGCAGUCUUCAUAUCCAUAUAUCUUUUUGUAUUAGUUCAUUUUUAUUUUUUAUUUUUGUCAUAGUUCCCUCUCGUUUGAUUUCCACCCAAGAGUGUCAAUGGAAUGCACUGCUCUGCAAUACUGAACAUGCUUUACCUACACUGUUCCCUUCACCAGUGUCAAUGUGGAUAUUAAAGUACCUAUCAUGACAUUUGUAUUGUACGUUUGCCAAAGAAUGGUUUGCACUGUAAUGUAUGCAUCUCGACAGUCAUAAUAAAUAAAUAAGCCACAUUUGAAUUACA